AUCUGUUGGUUUGUUCUCUGUUUUCAUUUUCUUAGUUUUGAGAAAUGAUGAAUAGUACUAUCAAAUUUCUAAUAUUUUUCUUCAGUGUCACAACAGCACAACCACUAAAGGGACAGAACCAAUUGAUUUUUGCAGAUCAAAGGCUUGCUAUAGUAUACCCCAUUAUACAAAAAUUCAAGAAUAUCAUCUCUGCUGAUCCUCUAGGUAUUACAAAAACUUGGGUUGGUCCAAACAUAUGUAAUUAUACUGGUUUUUAUUGUGAAAGUCCUCCAGACAACAAUUCAGCAAUUGCUCUUGCUUCUAUUGAUUUCAAUGGCUUUCAACUUAGCGCGUUGACACUUGAUGGCUUCCUUGAUCAGCUUCCUGAUAUAGCUAUUUUUCAUGCUAAUUCAAACAAUUUUGGUGGGACUCUGUCUCCAAAAAUCGUGAAUCUUCCUUAUCUCUAUGAACUUGAUAUUAGUAACAACCAAUUUUUCGGGCCAUUUCCUAGUCCAAUUUUGGGCAUGAAUAGCUUAAAUAUAUUGGAUAUAAGAUUCAAUUCUUUCACUGGAUCAGUCCCACCUCAACUGUUCACUAAAGAUCAAUUAGACGCACUCUUCAUCAACAACAACAAUUUCAUGCAGAUGCUUCCUGAUAACAUCGCGACCAGCCAUGUCACAUAUCUUACUUUAGCUAACAACAGAUUUUUCGGUCCUAUCCCACAUAGUAUUUCCAAAAUCUUGUCGAGUUUGUCUGAGAUUUUGCUGCUUAACAACUUGUUAAGUGGAUGUCUUCCUUACGAGAUAGGAUUCUUAAACGAAGCAAUAGUCUUCGAUGCUGGCAAUAAUAGACUCACCGGUCCACUUCCAUUCUCAUUAGGGUGUUUGGAAAAUGUAGAAAUGUUGAAUUUUGCUAGAAAUCAGAUGUAUGGGAUAGUGCCUGAUGUGAUUUGUGCCCUGGGGAAUUUGGCAAAUUUAUCGUUAUCCGAUAACUAUUUCACAGGAUUUGGGCCAAUUUGUUUGAGAUUGAUAGAAAAUGGAGUGCUUGAUUUGAGGAAUAAUUGUAUUCCUGGUUUUCCAUUUCAAAGAUCAAUAGCUGAAUGUGUUGCAUUUUUUGCUUACCCAAGGUACUGUCCUCAUAUGGCUACAUAUACUUAUAUUCCUUGUUGGCUUUCAAAUUUCAAAACACCUCCUCUGGAUCUCCCUGAAUUGGCUCCUUAGUAAGGGCAACACGGUGUACAAAGCAUUCUGUGUUAGCA